AUGUCGCACCCUACCGGCGUCAUACCGAUCAGAGGACGAACUGCGGAAGAGGAGACGAUGUUGCAGGCCUUACUCGAGACGACGACGGCUCACGGGGAAUCCUUUCUGAACUGCAGCAAGUUCUCUGUUCUCUCUAUCGUCGGGCCGGGGGGGAUCGGGAAGACGGUCCUCGCGCAGCUUGCCUUUCACAACAAAGUGGUGAAGAGACACUUCGAUAUCAUGGCGUGGGUCUGCGUGUCCACUCAGUUCGACCUCAAGAAGCUUACGAUCAAAAUUAUAGAGUCCGCUUCCAUGAAGAGACCCAGCGAUCUUCGCGAAAUAAUUAGCCUGGGAGAGUUGAGGAAGAUUCUGACUGCGGGAAUGCAGGGCAAGAGGUUCCUGAUCGUCUUGGACGAUGUGUGGGAGGAGUCCACCACCGCAUGGAGAUACCUUUUGACGCCCCUGAAUUGUGGAAAAGAAGGAAGCAAAGUUGUCGUGACGACCAGGCUCGAAGAAAUCGCGAGGAUGCUGGAGACGAAAGUGAUGAUAAAACUUGAUGGCUUAGAGGAAGAGGAGUACUUGGAGUUACUCAAAGACAGCGCAUUCGGCGUGGAAAGGACCUUCCUGCAGCCAGACAUGGAGCAAAUGUGCUGCGACAUAGCACGGCAGCUGGGAGGCCUGCCGUUGGCGGCAGUGAGGAUCAGAGACUUUCUGAAGGAUCGCUUUGGCAGGGGAAACUGGCCGCCGGCGGAGACUUCGUUGGUCGCGCGAGAUGGCGACCUCAUGUCAGUCCUCGGACAAAGCUACCAGCAGCUGCCCGAGCACCUGAAACAGUGCUACGUUUCAUGUGCUCUGUUUCCCAAGAACUAUUGCUUCGACAAAAACCAGUUGCUGAGAUUUUGGAUGGCGCUGGGUCUUACUCCUAGGAACGGAUCCUCCUCCUCCUACAACCUCGUCGACGAUCUCUCGAGCAGAUCGUUUUUCGUGGACGCGUGGAGAAAGAAAAACAAGUUUGUGAUCCAUGCCAUGAUGCAUGAGCUUGCAGAUCAUAUCUGUGAUGGUGAGUUUUUCCGGCUCGAGGAGGAUGCCGACGAGGAAAUAGAAAUCCCAACGAAGGCUCACCAUGUGUAUGUCACUGCAGACAACUUCGUCAGGUUUUCAAAGGUUUUACGAAAGCGGAAAAUUCUUCGCAGCCUCGUCGUCGAUGGCAGAUUGUCCUCGCACAUCUCAAACUCUGAAUUCAUGGAUUCUCUCCGGGAGGUUUUGAAAGAUUCGAGUCGUUUGCGGCUGUUGAUGCUUUCUGAACUCCCAGGGAAUUUGCCUGACGCAAUUGUUCAUUUGAGGCAUCUUCGAUAUCUGGAGUUUCCUGACACCGGUGUCAAUAAGCUACCAAAAUCUUUUUGCAGAUUGUAUCAUCGGUGGAGGCUGAAUCUGAAGGCGGGCUCUAAACAUUUGUUGUUGCGCAAUAACAUGGACCAAGUCAUCAAACUGUGUGCCCUGGACCCGAAUCUGGAAGAUGUCUAUAUUCCUGCUCCAUGUCCCAACUAG